AUGACAGACAAUAUUGAAAAAGGUAUUGAAUCCUUGAAGGUUGAGGAACAAACUACUACUACCACAACUACUCCAGUUGCUCCACCUAAACCAGUCAUUGAAUUAAGUGAAAGAAAUAAAGAAAGAUUAGCAUUAAUUAAACAAGUUGGUGAAGAAAUUGUUAGUGAAGAAAGUUUAAUUAAAUUAUUAAAUGGUAAAGAGAAAUUAAGAUGUUAUGAUGGUUUUGAACCAUCAGGUAGAAUGCAUAUUGCACAAGGUAUUUUAAAAUCAAUCAAUGUUAAUCGUAUGACUAAAGCUGGUUGUACCUUUAUAUUUUGGGUUGCAGAUUGGUUCGCCAUGUUAAAUAAUAAAAUGAAUGGUGAUUUAAAUAAAAUUAGAAAAGUUGGUCAAUAUAUGAUUGAAAUUUGGAAAGCAACAGGUAUGGAUAUGGAAAAUGUUGAAUUUUUAUGGUCAUCAGAUGAAAUUAAUAAGAAUCCAAAUGAUUAUUGGUUAAGAGUUAUGGAUAUUGCACGUAAAUUCAAUGUACCACGUAUUAAGAAAUGUUCACAAAUUAUGGGUAGAAAUGAAGAGGAUGAUCUUAUGUGCGCUCAAUUAUUGUAUCCAUGUAUGCAAUGUGCCGAUAUUUUCUACUUGAAAGCAGAUAUUUGUCAAUUGGGUAUGGAUCAAAGAAAGGUUAAUAUGUUGGCAAUUGAAUAUUGUGACAAGGUUAAAAUCAAGAACAAACCAAUCAUCGUAUCACAUCAUAUGUUGAGUGGUUUAAAGGAGGGUCAAGAAAAGAUGUCAAAAUCUGAUCCUGAAUCAGCCAUUUUCAUGGAAGACUCUGAAGCCGAAGUAAACACUAAAAUCAAGAAAGCUUACUGUCCACCAGGUAUCAUUGAAAAGAAUCCAAUCCUCGAUUAUACUAAAAAUAUCGUUUUCCAAAAACUUACAUCCCUCACUCUCAACAUCAAAGAUAAAGGUGAUGUCACUUACAACUCUUACCAAGAUUUAGAGGAUGAUUACAAAGCCGAAAAGAUUCAUCCAUCCGAAUUAAAACCAGUCAUUGCCAAAGCAAUCAAUGCUAUGCUUCAACCAGUUAGAGAUCAUUUCGCUAAUAAUGCCGAAGCUGCUGCUCUCCUUAAAACUGUUAGAUCUUAUACUGUUACUCGUUAA